GAGCGAGCGCCCCGUCCCACCUAGCCCGGGACGCGGGUUUGGGAACUGCAGCCAGCCGGGCUCAGAGGCCGGUUGGGCGGGCGGCGGGGCUGGGCCGGAGUGGGGGGAGGAAGUGCCCAGGGGGCGGUGACGUCACAGCCCAGCCCUUGAAAGAUGAGCUGUUCCUGCCAGCUCUCCAGCUCCCCUGCAGCACCUCCGAGCGGAGGGGACCGCGGGCACCCCUGCCCGACGCCGGACCAGGGAGCGACCGCCCGAGGUGCCCGCGCAGCUCCCGCCGGACGAGGCGGCCCGGCGAGGCCUCGCUCACGUCCCGCUCGGAGUCCAAAUGUUCUCUCCCUGGAAGAGGCCGGUCUUCCUGUCUGUCCAUGAAGAGCCGGUGCCCACCACGGCCUUCUUCAGCUUGGACAUGCUCAACCUCACCGCGCAGGCCCUGCCGCCCGCCAACGGGACCCCGGCCCUGGGCGGCGGCUGCCCGCCCGAGGAGCUGUGGGGCUGGCUCAACAGCGUGCAGGCGCCCUUCCUGUGGGUGCUGUUCGUGCUGGCGCUGCUGGAAAACGUCUUCGUGCUCGGCGUCUUCGGGCUGCACAAGAGCCGCUGCACCGUGGCCGAGGUCUACCUGAGCAACCUGGCUGCCGCCGACCUGCUGCUGGCCUGCGGGCUGCCCUUCUGGGCCGUCACCAUCGCCAACAACUUCGACUGGCUGUUCGGGGAGGCGCUGUGCCGCACGGUGAACACGCUGGCCUACAUGAACCUGUACAGCAGCAUCUGCUUCCUCAUGCUGGUGAGCAUCGACCGCUACCUGGCGCUGGUGAAGACCAUGUCUGCCGGCCGGCUGCGCGGCGUGCGCUGGGCCAAGCUCUACAGCCUGGUGAUCUGGGGCUGCGCGCUGCUGCUCAGCUCGCCGAUGCUGGCCUUCCGCACGCUGCGGGACUACCGGGACGAGGGCCACAACGUCACGGCCUGCAUCAUCACCUACCCGUCCCGCGCCUGGGAGGUGUUCACCAACGCGCUGCUCAACCUGGUGGGCUUCCUGCUGCCGCUGGCCGUCAUCGGCUUCUGCACCGCGCGGAUCAUGGGCGUGCUGCGCAACAACGAGAUGCAGAAGUUCAAGGAGAUGCAGACGGAGCGGCGGGCCACGGUGCUGGUGCUGGCCGUGCUGCUGCUCUUCGUGGCCUGCUGGCUGCCCUUCCAGGUCAGCACCUUCCUGGACACGCUGCUGCGUCUGGGCGUGCUGUCCGGCUGCCGGGACGAGCACGUGGUGGACGUGUUCACGCAGAUCGCCUCCUACGUGGCCUACAGCAACAGCUGCCUCAACCCACUGGUCUACGCCAUCGUGGGCAAGCGCUUCCGCAAGAAGUCCCGCGAGGUGUACCAGCGCCUGUGCCGGCGCGCCCAGCCCGGCCCGGCCGAGAGCUCCAUGGGCACGCUGCGCACCUCCAUCUCCGUGGAGCGGCAGAUCCACAAGCUGCCGCGCUGGGUGGGGAGCAGCCAGUGAGCCGGGGCCCGCCGGGGCCGCCCCGAGCGCGGGAGGGUCUUGGGUGAACAGUUGCUCCGGGGUGUGCCUCGCGAGGCUGGCAGCCACUUCCCCGUGAGCCGGGCCGCGGGCCGGAGUCUGCAGGGAGCUCAGCUGCAAGGACGGGUGACCCCCCUCGCCCGCUUCUUCCUCGCUGCACCGCUGGGCCCGUCUGCUUCCUCCCGGGAGUGGGGGGGCCUGGGGCCAGGACAGGGUGCCUGAGCUCUCCUCCCCGCCCCAGCGUGACAGCUCGGAGCUCCCGGAGAACCCGUGCCCGGCUGAAUUUCUGCCUGGGGUCUCUUUCGCCCUCUCGGACAGGACUUCGCUGGAGGAUUCCUCGGGUCAGUGGGGGUGGACCUCGCAGAGUCCCCGCUGAGGCCCCGGGAGUCAGGGCGCGGUCACUCGCCUUGCCCGUGGGCAAGGAGGCUCGUGCCCAAGAACCCAGUAAGCGCUGACCCAGUGCUGCCGUCUGCGGGCCCGGGAGGACAGAGAAGGCAUGGCCUCCAUCUGGAGGAGCUCACGGGUUCGCAAGGGGACCACUGAGCACUGCGCCAGAGCAGACGGGGAGGAGCCUGGCGCCCCAGCGCUCCCACCACCCGUCACACAUCCCCUGGUCCCUGCCUCGGUUUCCCCCUCUGUGACACGAAGUGGUGAGGAAUCAAGAAGGACACCAGCACAGAAGGACUUUGGAGAACAAUGGUGCUACGUACCUGUGAGGCGUCCUUACACACAGAGAGCGGGGUCCGGGGCGGCCGGAACCCGAGGGGCCAGGAGGAUCUGAGCCCAUAAAUCCUGCCCCCUCCAGCUGCAGACUUCACGACCAGAAGAUUCCCUCCCCGUGCCAGCCCUGCCCUGGCCGGCCACCGCCCUCUGCCCAGGACACAGACACACUUGUGGCUGGAAAAGGGAAAUGGAGUGAGAAGGAGCCACCAUUCUGCCAGCGGGAAGCUAAGCCACGCGUGCACUGCGAGUGGAAGGAGAGGAGGCCGUGCUUGGCCAGCGUGGCCCCCACGCGUCCGUGGGCAUGUGGGGGGUCGAAGGGGCUCCUGUGAGCAGAGCCGCGUCACAGCCCCGGGCCCCUAGUGGACAGCCGACCGCGUGGGGUCCGAGCAGCGGUCAUCCUACGGGAGGGAGCCCCCUGAGGGUCAUGUUGCUACCUCGCUAAAGAGCCUCGGUCCCAGGAGAGCCCCUGAGCGGUCAGUCUGUCAGGAGGCACAUUUCACAUACAAGGAGAGAGGGCUGGGCAGUGUCCGCGUGUCUGUCCGUGCGCGUAAUAAAUGGAGGAGUGUUUGCAGA